AUGUGGCAGGCGCAAACUCCAUGUGGUGGAAGCUCAGCUGCGUCCACACCAGUUGAGCCACAAGAGAGAGAGAAGAAGGAUAAGAAAGACAAAAAAGAGAAGAAGGACAAGAAAGACAAAGACAAGAAAUCAAAGAAGGAAAAGAAACAGGACCGUCGUACUCCCACUCCAGAAAGUACCCGUCUUCCAUCACCGUUCAUCCCGCCGCUGGAGUGUCCUGGGGCAUCUUCACCAUCGAUCCAAUCUGUAGAUACGGGCAAUAUUUACCACAAGUAUGCCUUGAAUGCAGAGGCCCUUGCUGCAUUGAACAGGAAGGCCACAGCUGAUUUGUUGGCGGAGGGUUUGGGCCCAGCUGAAGUUGCUGAUGGUACAGUUGGGGAAGUAGUUGAACUUUCUGACCAUGUCAAGAAGCUGCGGCAUGCACACCUCAACAAGUUUGGUCGAAGCUUGAAGAGCAAAUCCACCCCGGCUGAAAUCAAAGUCCUGGCCCGCAAUAUCCGUGCAGGCCAGGGACAUACAGGCUAUAACAGUCACUUGCACCAUUCCAUGAAUCAUGCGUUUAAAUGCUUAUUCCAUUUUUGCGGGUGA